AUGCAGGAAACCCAAGCACCAAGUGUGCCAAAUGGGCCAGCAGCCGCGACAGCGAAUCGAUUCCCAGGCCAUGCCUCGAAGCCUUCGACCACCGAUACAGGAUUCUCCCACGGGGCAUACAGCUCGAAUCAGUUUGCUAUGGGUGGAUAUGGCGAUAGGCAUCCGCGAAGAGCCAACAUUCCUUCGAUAAACACACAGCCGAUGGGUCAGCAGGGCCAGGCCGACAUGGCAACGCCUGGAACUGGCUUUGACAUGCAGUUUACCCCCUUGCUCCCCUCCCAACUGCUCCUCGGCUCCCCGUUCCAGCCAGGCACGCCAGCCGCAUUCGCCAGCCCGCAAUUCCAGAACUAUCCCACGUUCCAGCAGCAGCAGCAUAAUAAUCAGCAGCAGCAACAGCAACAGAUGUCCCCCCAAAUCUACCAGAAUAUUGUCUCACCUUCGACCUAUGGUGCACCCCAGUUCUAUAAUCCACAAUCUCCUACUGGAGGGUCCUUCGCAGGGAUGAACAACCAGAUGCAGCAGAUGCAGAUUCAACCUUCCUCGCCCGUCCACAUGUCGCCAGGUCUAGUUUCGGGCACUAGCAGAACUGUGUAUCUAGGAAACAUUCCUCCAGAGACAUCUGCCGAAGAGAUCUUGGGCCAUGUGAGGAGCGGACAGAUCGAGUCUGUGCGACUUCUGCCCGAUAAGAACUGCGCUUUCAUCUCCUUUCUAGAUGGAAGCUCGGCCACCCAUUUCCAUUCUGAUGCCAUCUUGAAAAAGUUGUCCAUCCGAGGCCAGGAUAUCAAGGUCGGCUGGGGAAAGCCUUCCCAGGUUCCCACCUCUGUUGCACUUGCUGUCCAGCAGUCAGGUGCUUCGCGAAAUGUGUACUUGGGCAAUCUCGAUGAGAAUGUGACGGAGGACGAGCUGCGGGAGGAUCUGAGCAAGUUCGGUCCCAUCGAUACGGUUAAGAUUGUCCGUGAAAAGGCAAUUGGCUUCGUCCAUUUCCUCUCGAUAGGCAAUGCUAUCAAGGCUGUUUCCCAACUUCCACAAGAACCCAAGUGGCAAGCUCCACGUCGCGUCUACUACGGAAAGGAUCGAUGUGCCUAUGUUUCCAAGACUCAGCAACAAAAUGCUGCACAAUAUCUUGGUAUUGCUCCUGGGUAUGCUCAUGUUCUCAAUGGAGCUGAUCGCGACCUGAUUUCCAAUGCUCUGGCCCAACAAUCCGUGGCCGCGGCUGCUGUUGCAACAACCGCUGGAGGAAUUAACAACCUUGGCAACCGAACUGUUUACCUGGGAAACAUUCAUCCCGAAACUACUAUUGAAGAGAUUUGUAAUGUUGUUAGAGGUGGACUUUUACACCACAUUCGAUAUAUACCCGACAAGCAUAUCUGCUUCGUCACAUUUAUUGACCCUACUUCGGCUGCAUCUUUCUAUGCUUUGAGUAAUUUACAGGGUUUAAUGAUCCACAACAGGAGGCUAAAGAUUGGGUGGGGAAAGCAUUCCGGUGCCCUUCCAGCUGCGAUUGCUCUUGCCGUCAGUGGCGGAGCCUCUCGCAACGUUUACAUCGGGAACUUGGAUGAAUCCUGGACCGAGGAGAGGCUGAGACAGGACUUUGCAGAGUACGGGGAGAUCGAGCUUGUGAACACUCUCCGUGAAAAGAGCUGUGCGUUUGUUAACUUCACCAACAUCGCGAAUGCCAUCAAGGCAAUUGAGGCUGUUCGCGGGAAGGAGGAGUAUCGUCGUUUCAAAGUCAAUUUUGGCAAGGAUCGAUGCGGUAACCCUCCUCGUCAAGUCCAGCAGGCUCAGCAGUCUCAAUCUCCACGCAACGAUGGCGUCAACUCUCCGCCUCCCAACAGCAGUGGCCUCCAGCCUAGCCAGAACGGUUCCUCUCCAACUGGGUCUGCAGCACCCGGUUCUACCAACGGCUCUGCCCAAAACUUCCAGCCUGCUCCUACACCAUCCACCAUCCUCAAUGCAGGGAAUAACAACCCUCUCACAAUGUAUCUGAACCAAGUCUCGCAACAGCAGCAGGCUCAACAGCAGCAACAGCUAGACCCCUUCUCCGUAGCUCAGCUCCAGCAACAGCAACAACAGGUGCUCGCGGCGCAGCAGGCUGCCCUGUACGGUGGCAGCAACUCCCCUUCGAGUAUCGAUGCACUUGACGUCCCGCAACAUAAUCAAGGGAUGGGCCACCAACAAAGCGCAAGCAUUAGCGGUGCAAAUGGCUUCCAGCAGAAUGGAACCAAUGGAACGACCACGAUUGGCGGCUUGCUUGCACCCGCCCGCAGCCAGCAUAACCGUGCCGUCAGCUUGCCGGUGUUCGCUCAGCAACAAAACGGCGGCUUCCAAGACAAUGGAGCGAAUGGCACUGGAAAUUCCGAUCAACAAAGGCGUGGGCACCAGUAUCAGAGCUCAUUCUCCGGUGGCAUUGGCAAUGGGAAUGCUGGAUUUGGCGGCAACGGGUAUGGGCUAGCCAUUCAGGAGGGGGGCAUGAAUGGACUGAACGGAUGGGCUGAGGAAGAGGUAGUCGGCAAUUGA